AUGCCUCCUAGACCAAGUAAAAGAGCUAGACCGUCUUCUCCGACCGCUUCACCCGAUCCUCUCACUCUUGAGGGAAUCGAUGACGAACCUUCAGCUUCACACCUCGUAUCGUUCCUUACUAGAUAUGCGGAUCAUCAAUCUUCUGGAUCUUCUUCUGGGGAUGAAGGCGAUCAUGACGGAUUCGAUAUUCCAUCCGAAGAAGAGGAUGAUGAAGAUGUAGAUUUGGAUGAAGAAGAUGAUAUAGAUGCUACACCUACUAAAAGAGCUAAAAUGGGUUUAGUCGGUACUUCAACACCUAAAAAAGCUACUCCACGAAAGAGAAAAGGAUCAAGAACUCCAGGUGCAAGUACAGGUAUGACACCAAGGAAAACACCCAAAAGGAAAGUUGAUCCAUUUGAAUUCGAAUUAGAUGGAGAAGGUAUAAUAAGGAUAUCAAAAGCAGAUCGAUAUUUUCAACUUAUAUCUAGAAGUUCAAAAACAUCUGGAAAUUCUUAUUCGUUACUUACCAAACCACUCUCACAAAAUCAAUAUGAUAUGUAUACUGAACUAUCAUCUAAAGCGAGAGAAUCGAUACGACCACCGGAAACGUUUGAAGAGAGAUAUGACCAAUGGGAAUUAGAAUUAAACGAGGGUUUCGGUUUGAUGUUUUAUGGAUUUGGGUCAAAAAGGAAUACUAUCAAUCGAUUCGUUAAAGAAAGGUUGACUAAGAGAGGAAACGUAGUCGUCAUCAAUGGUCAUUUCCCACAACUUGGCAUAAGAGAUGUCCUAUCUCAAAUCGAAGAUAAUUUAGCUGUCCCACAAGAUAUACCAAUACCACCUUCAUCAAAUUCAACAACGAUAGAAAGAUCGGCUCAUAGGAUAUACGCUCAUUUCCUUCCCACCCACGCGAUACCUCCUUUCAAGAAAAAAGACUACCGUAUAGCAGAAGGGGUUUUGUAUCUGAUAAUACAUAACAUCGACUCACAUUCUUUACGAAAACCAUUAGCCCUAUCUAUAUUAGCUUUAUUGGCAUCUUCACCUAGAAUACAUAUCAUAGCAACAUUUGAUCACCUUCAUGCCCCUCUCCUAUUCUCUCCGGCAUUGAACAACACUCCGCCCCAUACAUACUGUGCAGGAGGAUGGAAUGGGUCAAUACCUAUGGAAAGAGGUUUCAAUUGGAUUUAUCACAACAUGACAACAUAUGCUCCUUAUACAUCCGAACUUUCCUAUCUUCGAUUAUCAGCAUCUUCUCACCUAUCGUUGUCUUCUUCUGCGACUGGUAUAUCGGAGGAAGGAGCUUUGCAAAUCCUUCGAUCGGUACCUCCUAUGGCAGCAAGAUUACUCAAACUCCUUCUUACUCGACAGAUGUCAAAUUUGCCUCCUGAACCGGUUCAUCAUAUUGCUUACCCAGCAAACCAAGUUGCACCGGUGUUUGCAGUCGAUAAUGACAUAUUGCAAUCAUUAGCUAAAGAGAAGUUCAUUGCGAGAGAAGAAGAGAGAUAUGACGCACUCAUUGGAGAAUACCGGGAUCAUGGUCUGGUAGUGGAAGCUGGCUUAGAUGGGGAAGGGAGAACAGGUAGAUGGGUGUGGGUUCCAUUGGGCAAGGCAGCUGUGGAAAGGGUACUGGAAACCAUGAAAGAGGUAGAAGUGUGA